GUGGAGAGACGGAGAGCGAACGGUCUUGCGCUGCCCGCCCGCUGGAGCCUCGGUCUAGGCACGGACCCGCAGCAGGAGCGGCCGUCUCUUCCUUCUCCUUCCUCCCGUGAGAUUUUUUUGAUCUUCAGCUACAUUUCAGCUUUGUGAGAAACCUUAUCAACAAAGAAGAUGGCUAGCAACGUUACCAACAAGACAGAUCCCCGAUCCAUGAAUUCCCGUGUAUUCAUUGGGAAUCUCAAUACUCUGGUGGUCAAGAAGUCUGAUGUGGAGGCAAUCUUUUCAAAGUAUGGCAAAAUUGUGGGUUGCUCUGUGCAUAAGGGCUUUGCCUUUGUCCAAUAUGUUAAUGAAAGGAAUGCCCGGGCAGCUGUAGCUGGAGAGGAUGGCAGAAUGAUUGCUGGCCAGGUUUUAGAUAUUUAUCUGGCUGCAGAGCCAAAAGUGAACCGAGGGAAAGCAGGUUUUAAACGAUCUGCAGCGGAGAUGUACGGUUCCUCAUUUGAUUCUGACUAUGACUUUCAACGGGAUUAUUAUAACAGGAUGUACAGUUACCCAGCACGUGUUCCUCCUCCUCCUCCUAUUGCUCGAGCGGUGGUGCCUUCUAGACGCCAACGUGUUUCUGGAAACACCUCUCGGAGGGGCAGAAGUGGAUUCAAUUCGAAGAGUGGACAACGGGGUUCUUCUUCCAAAUCCGGAAAAUUGAAAGGUGAUGACCUUCAGGCCAUUAAGAAGGAGCUGACUCAGAUAAAACAAAAAGUGGAUUCUCUGCUGGAAAGCCUGGAAAAAAUUGGAAAAGAACAAAGCAAACAAGCAGUAGAGAUGAAGAAUGAGAAGUCGGAGGAGGAGCAGAGCAGCGCCUCUGUGAAGAAAGACGAGACGAACGUCAAGAUGGAGUCUGAGGCUGGCGCAGAUGACUCUGCCGUGGAGGGAGACCUGCUAGAUGACGAUGACAAUGAGGAUCGAGGGGAUGAUCAGCUGGAGCUGAUCAAGGACGAUGAAAAAGAAGCUGAGGAAGGAGAGGAUGACAGAGACAGCGCCAAUGGGGAGGAUGACUCCUAAGCACAUAGCGGAGUUUAGAGAUCUUAUCCUGUUAUUCAUUCACCUAGGCGCUUGUGAGAGAUGGAAGUAACGCCAGAUCCUCUCCCCUGGUGUCUUCAGCACAGUCUCACUGUUCGCGCUCUCCCUCUCCUGUGUUCAUUGAUUCAUAAUUGCCUUGCGCCUAGUUCCGUUCUCACUUCCUUUGAUGCUCCUUAGUAGUUUUGUUAAGUCUUACCCUGUAAGUUUUGCUUUUAAUUUUGAUACCUCUUUGACUUACCAAUAAAAAGAUGUAUGGUUUUUAUCAACUGUCUCCAAAAUAAUCUCUUGUUAUGCAGGGAGUACAGUUCUUCCCGUUCAUAUAAUUUCAGUAGUUGCUUCCCUAACUGCAGAGACAUCUCAUUUACUUGUGAUCCCUGAGAGCAGCUUUGCAUUAGAGGUGUGUGUGUUUUCCCUCACUUGAGUGGGGCUGUUCAACACGAAUGUAACCAUGUAUUUUUGUGAAUAAGAGUUGGCAUGUCGAAUGCAUCUUACAGGAAAAUAGUGUAAUAGUCUUAAUAUUUGUUUUCUAAAAUUAAUACCAUGGGUUAUUUUUGUGAACAGCCUGAUGUUUGGGAUCUUUUUCUCAAAAUAAACAAUUCCUUAUUAAACCAGGAAAAAAAAA